UUCUUGCUGAGACGCUAUAUAGGCAGCAGCGGCCAGCAGCAGCAGCCAGCGCUCUCCUCACCACCUCAACACCCAUCAUGACCGCCAACACAAGCGCCGCGUCCUCGCCACGCGGGCCGCGCGCCGCGACGCCAGCCGCCGAGGCCGAGAAGCUGCCGCCCCUGGCGCUGCCGCACGGCCCCAAGGACACCCUCGCCGACGCCGAGUACGACGACGACGCGCUGCAUGCGCCCGUCAACGGCGGCGUGCCCGAUGUGCGCCGCGUGGACCUCGGCCUGCAGAGCAGCACGGCGCGCGGCAUCAUUGGCGGCCUCGGAUGGCUCGACCGCCUCCUCACGCCGCUCAUCGUCGUGGCGAUGAUCCUGGGCGUCGUCAUCGGCCGCUUCGCGCCCAACGUCAACGAGAAUCUGUCCAAGGGCGACCUGCACGGCGUCUCUGCGCCGCUCACCGUCGGCCUGCUCGUCAUGAUGUGGCCCAUUCUGACCAAGGUGCGCUACGAGGAGUUUCCGCGCCUGCUGCACACGCGCCGCCUCUGGCUGCACGUGGCGCUGAGCCUCGUGCUCAACUGGCUCCUGGCGCCGUUUCUCAUGCUGGCGCUGGCGUGGGCCUGCCUGCCCGACCUGCCCGGCUACCGCACGGGCGUCAUCAUGGUCGGCGUGGCGCGCUGCAUUGCCAUGGUCAUGAUCUGGACGCAGAUCGCUCGUGGCGAGAGCAACAUGUGCGCCGUCAUCGUCAUUGUCAACUCGCUGCUGCAGAUUGUCCUGUUCGCGCCGCUCAGCCUGCUCUUCAUCAACGUCAUCUCGGGCGAGGAGGAGUUCGAGCUCAACUACAGCGACACGGCCAUCGCCGUCGUGAUUUUCCUGGGUAUCCCGCUCGUUGCCGGCGUCGUGACACGCUUCGCCAUGCUCAAGGCCCUCGGGCGCGAGCGCUUCCAGACGCGCUUCCUGCCCUUCUUCGGGCCGCUGUCGCUCAUCGGCCUGCUCUACACGAUCAUCAUCAUCUUUGCCUCGCAAGCGCGGCAGAUUCUCGACGACAUCGGGCCCGUGUUCCGCACCUUUGUGCCGCUCGUGCUCUACUUUGCCAUUACGUGGGGCCUCACGUUUGGCCUCAUCCUGUGGCUCUCGCAGCGCUACGGCGCCAAGAACUGGGGCUACCAGAUGGCCGUCGUGCAGGCCUUCACCGCGGGCAGCAACAACUUCGAGCUGGCCAUCGCCGUGGCGGUGGCCGUGUACGGCGCCAGCUCGCAGCAGGCGCUGGCCGCGACGAUCGGCCCGCUCGUCGAGGUGCCCGUGCUGCUCAUCCUCUCCUGGGUCAGCCUGUGGGUCGGCCGCAAGCUGCGCUGGGACAGCAAGCACAACUUGCAAGUCGAGCAGCGCGCCGCGCAGCGCGACGAGACGCACGUCGCCGAGAAGGCAUAGCUCUGGACCCGUCACUCCUCAUUGUACCACCACCAUGCAUGCAGUCUCCUCAUGUGAUCCAUCGCCAAG